AUGCAAGCGGCGGCGCCAGCGGGAGCCUGCGAGCCCGCGCGGAGGCCUCGAGCCCCAGCGGCGGCCGCGCGUCCCGGCGGGAGCGGCGAGCCCGCGCGGAGGCCUCGAGCCCCGUCGGCGCGGCGAAUCCCGGCGGCAGCUGCGAGCCCGCGCAGAGGCCUCGAGCCCCGUCGGCGCGGCGGUGGCCGCGGGUCCCGGCGGGAGCUGCGAGCCCGCGCAGAGGCCGCGAGCCCCAGUGGCGGCUGCGAGUCCCGGCGGAGCUGGAGGCCAGCGGGGGCGCCGGAGCCCUCGAGCUCGAGCCCCGGCGGCGAGCUACGCGUCGGUUGCGGCGAACGGCGCGUCUGCCGGGCGACGGCGGCGGCGAGCUCCUGUGGUGGCGGCCCCGAGACCCAGAGGCGGCGGCGGCGGGGCUGCGAGCCCUGGCAGCGCCAGCCGCGAGCCGGCAAGGAGGGCGCGGGCCCCGGCGCCGGCGCGAGCUUGGGCAGCGGCGGCCACGACCUCCGGUAG